AUGAGCUCUGCACUUAGAGACUCCUUACGAAGACGCAGGCCAGAUUAUGACCUAUCACAAGAUGUCGCGAUACCACGUUUAACGCCCGUGAUUCAGCCUUUUGCUGGUCGAGUUGGCGGCAAUCAAGGCCUGGUUGUUGACCGAAGCAAUCCCGAAAAUGCAGAGCUACUCAAAAAAGUGCCCGAUGCGGCCCCACUAAUGACCCUGAGUGAGGGAUUUGACCUUCGUGGAUUCUGGGAUGUCGAUCUUUGGAGAUUCGGUUUCAUUGAAUGUAUAGGGACCAUGCUGAACGCAUUUGUCACGGCCUGGAUCUCUAUACAAAAGCCUUUCACAUCCAGUACAGGGUCAUCAGCUGGCGUCUUCUCCACUCCUGUUUUCCUUGGGCCUCUAUUCGGUGGAAUUGGAAAUUGGCUAUUUCUCACGCUUUUUAUCUUCACAUUUUCAAAUGUCAGUGGUAGCCACCUAAACCCGACGAUUACUUUAGCCACAUUCUUCGCCCGUCUGAUUUCUUUUCCACGAAUGGUCAUUUACCUACUUGGCCAAACGCUAGGUGGAGCCCUCGCUGGGUUCAUGCUUCAGUCGGCUUAUGGCUCCAGAGACUUCACAGUGGGCGGCUGCAAUGUGGACCUGCAGCUAGUUCCCGUCGCGGACGCCUUUCUUCUCGAGUUUAUUUUCUGCUUACUCCUGCUAUUCCUCUCCUUUGGAGUGGGCCUUGACCCUAGACAGGGCCAGAUAUAUGGAGCAGCACUUUCACCCUUUCUAGUCGGGAUGACACUUGGUGUUACAAGUUGGGGCUCAGGGUUCACUCGGAAUGGCUACUCUGGAGCGUGUUUGAACCCAGCUCGUUGCUUUGGUGUCUACGUGGCCACCUCAUUUCCCAGCUAUCAUUGGGCUCAUUGGGUUGGCUCGUUUGUCGCAUCCGUGGGGCACGGAAUCGUUUAUUUGGUUGCGCCUCCGUGGGAUCAUCGGGCUACAUAG